UGAGGCAGGAGGAAACAGUGGAGCAGAACAGAGUCGCUGUGUGUAAAAUCUGCUGCUGUAUCGCCUCGUUUCGUCUCUCUGGGAUUAUUCUCAACUUCGUUUGUUGGACGUCGUUUCUUUCUUCAACUCUUUUCGAUCGCUGCCGCCGAUUCUCUGAAGACGUUUCUGAAAGUUGAAGACGGACGCGUGAACGGCGGCAGGCGAUUCCUUCCGCUCCUCGAUUUACAGACGCAUCCUGCGGCCAUGUGCUACCAUCGGAGAGUCUGAUACAGCCUGAGGUGAACAUAAAUUACCCAGCAUGCCUUGUGGCUUUUGCAUUUAAACGUGCUGCAGUUUUUUGUGUUGGAAGUCGUGGCCAUUUAAAUCGUCACCUUGAGACUCGCUGGAAGGUUCUUUACUCUGAGAACAUUUAUAUAAUUACUGAGAACGAUGUCGAUAACUGAAGCGUUUCUUCGUCCGUUUGAUCGUCACGAAACCGACGAGAAGUUAGAAAUUCAUUCAUUCGUCAGCUGAAGAAAAUGUCUGAAACAGAUGUUGAAGCGUUGUUGCCCCCUGCAGGAUGUGACCUUAUAUGGCAAAUUAAACAAUAAACUGAAGAAGCGUUUCGUCUGUGAUGUGACUCAAACACACGGGAUGUAAUUUUCUUAUAUUUGAAUCUCUUAAAAGUUCGGAAAUGUAAAUAUCUCCUCAGUCGGAAGAAUCAUGGAGCGACCUUCUAGCGGAUUUUACCGUUCAGACAUGUCACUGGAUUUGGACUAAACAGCGAGCGUCCUUAGAGAUUUUUUCCUCGGUGGCUCCGCCCACCUCUCGGGGGAGAUGGCGGCGGCCAUCGCCAGCUCCCUGAUCCGACAAAGGCGUCAGGCCCGAGAGUCCAACAGCGAAAAGGUCGCCACCAACAAGAGACGCUCGAGUCCGACUAAAGACCCAAGGUCUCUGUGCGAGAGACACAUCUUCAGCGUCUUCAGUAAAGUCCGCUUCUGCAGCGGAAAGAAAAGACCCGUACGACGGAAACCAGAGCCACAGCUGAAGGGCAUCGUGACGCGUCUGUUCAGUGAGCAGGGUUUCUUCCUGCAGAUGCAGCCUGAUGGAGCCAUCAGUGGGAACAAAGACGAGAACAGUGACUACACUCUGUUCAAUCUGAUCCCAGUGGGUUUGAGGGUUGUGGCGAUCCAGGGAGUGAAGGCUGGACUGUACGUGGGCAUGAACGCUGAGGGAUUCCUCUACACAUCAGAUGUGUUCACAGCAGAGUGUAAGUUUAAGGAGUCGGUGUUUGAGAACUACUACGUCAUCUACUCGUCCACACUGUACCGGCAGCACGAGUCGGGCCGGGCCUGGUUCCUGGGCCUCAACAAGGACGGAGUCAUCAUGAAGGGCAACCGCGUGAAGAAAACCAAACCCUGCUCACACUUCGUCCCCAGACCCAUCGAAGUCUGCAUGUACAAGGAGCCGUCGCUGCACGAGCUCGAGGAGAAGAUGCUGAAGUCCUCGCGGAGCCCGACGCUGAACAGCGGCGAGCGGGCGAGGAGCCGGGAGCGCCACCAGGAGGAGCAGCAGCAGGCGGACUGCACAGAGCAGGAGGGAUCAUAGCCUGCAGCGCCCCCCGCAGGCGAGGAGGAGGAGGAGGAGGCGAACUCCCAUUUUAACACUCCCUCUGUUCAGCAACCACACCGACGACGACGACGACAACAACAACAACAACAACAACAACGAGCGCCACGGCGACGGCGACGAAAACAAAGAAAAAAAAAGAAGCUAAAAAAAAAAAAAAAAAUAAAUGGGGGUUUCUUCUUCUUGUGUUUUAAAUCCAACGGGGGAGGGCGAGGGGGAGGGGCUUGUGUGAUGUCAGGACGUUGACGAUGAUGAUUUACAUUUUAUGCAAACAGCCCCGAUGACACGGCGCCCGGAGGCUAGCACACCUACUCUUCAUCGCUACAUCGCAGUCGUCAUCACUCCUGUCGCGACGAUGACGAGCGAGAACGCCGAAGCUUUAAAGCCAUGUAGAAACUUCACUUCCUGUCAUUUCUUUAACCAAUCAGAAGAACACACCGCGCUUCUUCUUCUUCUUCUCCGUGUUGUUCCGUCCAAUCAGAAAGAAGAGUUGUUUCUGUUCCUCAGCUGCCACUUCCUGUUUGUGUUUGUUUGUUUGUUUGUUUGUUUGUUUGCGUUCCGACCGGAGGAGGUUCGGGAGGUUUGUGAGUUGAAUCCUUCACUUUCCUGCGUUCUUUGAAUGCACCGUCAGUUUAUGAUGACCCUUCCUAAGCCCCGCCCCUUUUUGCUCUGUGCUCCAUUAACAGCAACUAUGCUAAGCUAGGCUAAUCUAUGUUGAAGAUAGUUAAUAAAUAAAAUAUAAAUAUAAAUAAAUAGACACAUAUUAGGUUAGCUCAUGUUAGCAAAAUGCUAGCUCAUGUAAAUUAGCUUGCUGGUUAGCUAGCAUUUUGCUCUGUAGCAAGUUAGCUUGCUAUGCUAGCUAACUAAUCUACAGCAAUCGUAAGCUAGCUAGUUCAGGUGAAGGCUAAUGUUAGCAAAACGCUACCUAAUGAACAAUUCGCUAGCGUUUUGCUAACAUUAGCUUUCAGAUGCUAGCUAGCUAGCUAACGAUUAAUGUAGAUUAAAUAGCUACAGAGCUAAAUGCUAGCUAGCUAACUAGCUAACCUACGUAAAUCAUUAGCUAGUUAUUUAGUGUUUCGCUAACAUUAGCUAACUUAAGAUUUGUUUAUAUUUUUAAUAUUUAUUAUUUAUUAAUCUUUAAAAUGUGGUUGUCAACAUAAAUUAGCUUAGCUUAGCAUAUCUAAGCACAGGAAAGGAGGAAGUGGGAGGGGCUUAGCUACGGUCAAUAUUGUUACACAAACAAAUUA